UUUCAUUGUGUUAAGAGUUGUCUGCAGUCCCUGAUGAAGCGAUUUGCCCAGGGUCAAGACUUGAAUUUAAGUCCUCUAGGUUCUGCAGGUGAUUGGGAUUGAGACAGUUUUCCUCCCUAUUUUUAACCUCGGAUUUGUCCGCACAUUCUCUGACGCCGCCGUGUGUAUUGGCCGAAGAGGUAUUUAUUUAGUUUACUGAAAUGGAUGACUAGCCAAGACAAAACCCUGCUCCCCUUACCCCCACAAACCCGGGACAACCCUCCUCUCUUUUUACCCCCCUCCGCCUUUCUCCUUUCUACCUAAGCAUCCCUAUCUAUCCUCUCUUCUCCCCAUUUCUCCUUCCUACUCCCUUUCUUUUCGUCUCUUCUCUUUCCGUCUCAGUUUCUAUCCGUCCCGGUGUUGCAAGCACUUGUUUUCUCCACACGAAUGUAAGAUCGUUGAGGGAAAGGAUUGUUUAAUUUGCUUCCUUCUCUGGCAACUGCGACCCACGUCUGUGGGGUUUUAGGUAGGGCGGGGCCUCUUAUCUACUUUGGUAUUUUAACACCCGCCUUCCCGGUAGUAUUCUAUUCCAAGGCGGAAGCUGCAGACUAGGAAACACGUAAAAACUCCUGGAUUAUCGAGUUUCGGGCGAACAAGGAAAGGAUGGUGAGUGGGUGUUGGGUCGGCUGGAGAAGGCGUGGUCACGCCGCGCUCGCUGAUUGGCAGGGCGUCUCUGCGUCCUCGCUGAUUGGCCGGGCAGUUUUGGCGUGCUCCGCGGUUGUUUUGAUUCGGGCUGUAGAGCGACUCCGGAACUCUGCCUUCACGACCCAGAGAAUGGAGACCCGGCUUGUGCUGCAGGGGCAGUUGUUGCCGGAGAAAGAGCUGCAGGAAGACGAGGACUUGGACAUAGAGGAUGAGGAGGAUGAGGUGCCCUUCGUAGACUCGGAAGAGCCACUGAGCGACGGCGUGCAGGCCGGCGGGCUCCCCUCGCGCCUCCCAGUUGUAAUUAAAGAUGAAAACACCUCAAAGGAGUAUCACGUGUUUGGACGCUUUCCAUUGGUUGAUCCUUGGUGGAAAGUUAAAGUCAGAGUAAAACCUGUGGGAUCCCGAUACUUUGCUUUUGGAUUGCCAUCUUACUUUUUACUGAUAGACUUACCACCCGAUCGAAAAGACAUUUGUUCGAUUUUUCUUCAGACUUGUAAAUUUCCAAAUGAGUUUAUAGAAAACUUUUUAAUGUGGGUAUAUUCAAGUUUUUGCAACUUGAGCUUUGCAAAUCUUCAAGAAGCACUCAGAGAUUUUGAAGAAUGGAAAAAAGUGUCUUCACGGGGAAAAGAUGGAAGUUCUUCACAGGAGAAUCAAAAUAAAAGUAUAUUAAGCAAAAUUCCAAUUGCUUUAAAAAUUGUAAUGAUAGCAUUGAGGUUUCCAAGAAUAAUGGAGUUCAUUCCAGUCCUUCUGCCACGGCAUUUUUACAAACUUCUGAACUUGGAACAUCCUGAGAGCUUGUACAGGAACUUGGAAGAGAUCCUAAAUACCUGCCCAUGGAAACUUGGCUUUAGUAGAAUAAACUACAGAGAAUUGAAGCUCAUUGGGUGUGAAGUAACUUGGCAGACAUUUUGUCAAUGUGAAUUUCUUUUGCAAAAGAUUAAUAAUGUGGAGAAGAAUGCAUUGAUAACAUAUAAUCAGCUGAAACAGAUAUGUAGAAUGUAUGGACACACUUAUGUUAAAGAAGAUGACUUAACCUCUCAAUUGUCUGGAAAAAUAGCAUUUCAAGAUGUUUGGUGGUCUCUGAAGUUUUUGAAAGAUAUUAAAGUAGUGACAAAUGAGAAAGAAUGUAUCUUUCUUAUUGAUCUUUAUGAAGCUGAAAGAGAUAUUGCUUUUUUGGUACAUGACCUCAUGACCACAUCAUCAUGGAAGUUAAAAGUGGAUGUGAAAAAAGUUCUUGCAUCUAUGAAGACAAAGAAAUCUAAGUGUGCAGAAAGAGAUACUGCAGCAAACACCAGUAAACCUCAGGAAGACAAAUCAGAAAAUUGUGGUCAUGCUUUGGACGUGCAGAGCCAAGUUUUUCAUUCUGAUGAAAAUAAAAAUGAUUUUGAAAUGCCAAACCAAAUACAAGUAGACCUGGAUCAAGUGGCUGCCCUAGAAAUGAUUUGUUCUAAUGCAGUGACAGUCGUCAGUGGAAAAGGUGGCUGUGGAAAAACCACAAUUGUUAGCCAUCUCUUUAAGCAUUUGGAGCAAAUGGAAAAGGCAGAAGUGCGGAAAGCUUGCGAAGAUUUUGCGCUAGACUUGGGUACACCAGAAGAGUGGGACACUUUUGUUCAUCAAAGUAAAUGGAAGGAUAAUAAGCGUAUAGAAGUAUUACUCACAGCACCCACUGGUAAAGCUGCUAGUUUACUGAGAGAGAAGACUUGCCUUCCUGCUUAUACAUUACAUCAGGUAAAAUACAGCUUCUAUUCAUGGCAGAAAAUAGUUAAGAAAUUGAAGGAAAACAUGGAAUCAGAGAAGAAAAUCUCAUGGAAGUUUUCUUCAGUGAGAGUUCUUGUUGUGGAUGAAGGGAGCUUGGUUGGCAUAGCAGUCUUCAGAUCAGUUUUAAACUUGUUGCGUAAACAUGCCAGACUUGAGAAGCUGAUUAUCCUUGGUGAUAUCAGACAGUUACCCAGCAUUGAGCCUGGUAACUUGCUAAAGGACCUAUUUGAGAUCCUCAAAUUAAGAAACUGUGCUGUGGAGCUAAAAACUAAUCAUAGAGCAGAAUCUCAGCUUAUUGUAGACAACGCAGCAAGAAUCUCUACACGACAAUUUCCAAAGUUUGAUGCAGAAUUGAUAAUUUCUGAUGAUCUGGCCAGCUCUAUACAAGGUCAAAAUAAGAAGUUUAUUUUUGUCAGACUGCCUGAAGUUAACAGUCACUCUCAGUCAUCUCAAGGGAACUAUCGCUCUUACUUGCAUUUUGCAGUUACAACUUUACUUGAAGGAGCAGCAGAACUAAAGGAUGCAAAAACAUCACAGUUCAUUGCAUUCAGAAAGCAAGACUGUGACCUAAUAAAUGAUUGCUGUUGCAAAUUCUACUCACAUCACUUACUCAAAAAUCACAAACAUAGAUUUAUCUUCCAAAAAGGUGAUAAAAUCUGUUGCACCAGGAAUGCUUACCUCUCAGACUUGAUCACUCAAAAUUCUGAUAGCCUUCAAGAUGAAGAAUUGGAGUUGGUCCCUGCUGAAGAUCCUGAUGCUUUUUAUCCUAGUAAAAAAUCCCAUGUUUUUGAAAAAGAUAUCCGGCUAUGCAAUGGAGAGAUAUUUUUCAUAACAAAUGAUGUGCAGAAUAAAAAUGGAAGAUUUUUGACUAUUAAUAAUAUGGCUGGCUUAGAGGUUACUGUAGACUUCAAAAAAUUAGCAGAUAUUUGUCAUAUAAGGCAUGCUUGGGCAAAAACAAUUCAUACAUUUCAGGGAUCAGAAGAGGACACAGUGGUCUAUGUCACUGGAAAAGCCGGUCGACAGCACUGGCAGCAUGUUUACACGGCUAUAACCCGGGGUCGCUCCCAGGUGUACGUCAUAGCAGAAGAGUCCCAGCUCCGGAAAGCAGUGAGGCAAAGCAGUUUUCCCAGAAGAACUCGUUUAAAACAUUUUUUGCAAAGGAAGUUUGCUGAUAGCUAUGCAUUUCCAAAGGAAGCAUCAUCCCCUUCCACAAGCCAUGGAGAAAGUAAGAGCUACAGCACCCAACCUACAGCAACUCCCUCAGAGCUGCUCUUAUCUGGAACUGUUGGAAACACCUUUCUUGAAAUGCGUGGCUCUGAAGAUAAGGAUGUGACAUUAAUUACUAGAAGAGGAGAAAAACUGUUUUCAUUUGAGGAAACCGAGGAAGAUCCAUUGGAGUUAAGAGGUACAAAGAGAAGGACCACAAAUGACUGUGAAAGCCCAAACAAGUUACUUCUGGGGGAAGAAACAUCUCCACUUGUAUCUGCCAGAUUUCAAAAUAUGACACUGAAAAACUUGACUCCCAAGCAGCUUUUCAAAACUACCGGAAGGGAAGAAACUUAAUUUAUGGUUGAACAAAAUGAUUACAAUAUAUUUUUAUCUUUGAUGAGGAAAUUGAUUAUCAAACUAUGAAGGUGAACUUAACCAAGAAUUUUUGGAUUUUACAGAAUCUGAUGUAACAUAAUGAAUGUCAUGAAGCAGUGGCUUUUUUAAAAAGUGAAAUUUAGUACAAAAAUCAAUCUUCUAACUUUAUUUGAACAUUUUCAUAUUUUUAGGAUCAUGGCUUAAUUGGCUAGCAUAAUUAUGGUCAAUGUUUGGCUAUCUUUGAUAAUAUGGUUUAGUUAUUAGAUUAGCACAGAAAGUUAGAAAUUAUGUGGGGGUGUUGACCAUAGAGUUUUAAAACAGACACAUAAGAAUUGUUUUACCACAGGAAUGUUGCCUCCUUUAAAAAAUGAUUCAACUGUUGAGGCCACACACUUCUCCAAAACUAUGCCAGAGCUUUUCUUUGGAUACUGCCUUGAGGAUUUGUUGUUAUGGUCUUCUGAAUGUCUAAAAUAAUUGCUAACUUCUUUGUGGUUGGAUAUUUUUAAAAGAGUGACAAAAUCUUUUGGAGCCAAAACUGGUGAGUCAAGAAGCUGAUCAGCCUGUGGGUAAUGCUACUUUUAGUAGGUGAAACAAAGGGUGACCUUAAGCUGUGCCUCAAGGCAGUGUCAAAAAUGGCAUUCAAAAAAUGUUUUGAGGAAAGGUUUUAGAAUGUAUUGUAAGAUUCUUUUCUUCUACCCCAAAUGGACAAUUACCUCUGGAAUUUUAUGUUUCUUUAGGCGAAUACAAUUAAGUUUAUAUCUCUUAGGCAGCCUUCAUCUGAUGUUGUAAGAGAAGAUAACCCCAAGAACAUGUUGGGAAAAGCUAGUCUAGGAUUAGAACAUGAAUCUUGAAUAAAUAGAUACAGAUUUUUAAAACAUUUCUUUAAAAAAGAGUGUUAUGUGACUGUUUCUAUGGUAGAAUCAUGUAUUAUACCAUAUAAUUGCUAAUGUCUUAAUAUAUAUUAUGUAAGAUAUAGAUCUAGUUAAAAUCAAAUUUUAAAAUAUCGGAAAUUGUUUGGAUUUUAGACAGUUUACAAUAAUAGAAUAUAAUUAGAAAAGAAGUCUGAUAUCCACUCCAACCCCUAGCCUACCCCUAGUGAUAAUUAUCAUCUAGUAUUUGCUUGAAAAUCUUAAGUAAGGGGAACCAUGUAAGACCUUCCAUGGGGGGAAACCUUCUCUGUGCCUCCGCAGGUAGCUCAUUGCACUUGUGCAUGAUUAAUUAUUAAGAUGUUUUUAUUUACAAGUCUAAAUGUACCUCUCUCCAACCUCUUCCUCCCUUGUUGCUAAUUCUGUCAUUUCUUAUCCAAUACAGCUCCCUUAAGAUAUUAGACAGCUUUCGUGUCCUUUCUAAGUCUUUUCUUCAGCAGGGUAAAUGUUGAAAUCCUCAGUUCCUCUUUUGAUCCUUAUAGGGCAUGACUCAAAGUUCUUCAAUAUCUUGCUUAUUCGUUCCUUUGGAUACACUACAGUUAACAGUGUUCAUUCUAAAAUGUAUUACCUUGGUUUUAUUUUUUUCUUCAUGUGAAUGGUUUUCAAGUCAAAAUUUCCAGUUAUUUACUGACUUCGUUGAUUUAAAAAAACAAAUUCAGGUCGUCACAUUUAUUCUAAUUAAAUUUCAUCUUUGUUGGUUUUGAUUCAUUCACUGUUUGGAUUCUAGAUUAAAUUCCAUAUGAUAUUUACACAUCCAGAAAGUC